UUUUAAAGCAACACGGACUGAUCCCUCUGAAUGGGAGGAACCGGCCGGCGAUUUCUUCGUGUGAUCGCUGCGUGUGUCGUGUGGGGGGACAGUGAGGACAGGAGGAGGACAGAAGGAGGAGGACAGGAGCAGGAGGAGGACGGCACUGGGCAGACGCAGUGAAAGCGACCUUCAUUCUGAGAAACACGCACUCGGACGGAUCGGACAAGUGUGAGGAAGGUGAAGGUGCGGGCGCCGUGAAUGAUGUGACUCGUGCGGAGACGUGUGAUGAUGAUCACGGUCUAAAGCAAGUGAAGUGGACGGAGACGCAACGCACCGAGAGUCCCGAGGGCUACGGACAGCUGAGUCCAAUGGCAGAGUUGAUGGAGAGUGCUGGGACGGAACCUGUCGGCACCGACAGCAUGGACUGGCAGAAGCGCUGCGUCGCCCUGGAGAUGCAGCUGCUCAAGUUCCGCCUUCAGGCAGUGAAGAUCCGAGAGCUGCUGGCAGAGAAGAUGCAGGAACUUGAGCAGAGAGUAACUGAGGCAGACCAACGGGCAGACAUCGCUGAGAAACAGGUUCGAGUAAUGGAGGAAAAGCUUAAAUCGGCCAACGUGCAGCCGAGCGAAUCAGAAAACUCAUUAUAUAAGCGGUACCAAGAACUCUCCAGCCAAGUGCAAGAGAAGGAAACGGUAAUAAAGAAGUUGGAGUUGCAGCUGGAGAAACAGAACAUGAUCAGAGCCCAGGAGGCAAAGAUAAUUGAAGAAAAAGCAGCAAAGAUAAAAGAAUGGGUCACCUUCAAGUUACGGGAGAUGGAGACAGAAAACAGUUGUUUGAAGAUAGCAAACACAAAGCAGGCUGAGCAGAUCCUAGUCCUCCAGGACAAGCUGCAAGCUCUUUUGGAGAGGCCCAUAUCUCCUCGAUCCCCUGCAUCUACUCUUUCUGGUGACACUCAUCUGGUUCCCUGCAGUCCCCUACAUUCCACUGCUUGUCCUGAGACCCCACCCACUCCAGAUGAGAACUGGAGACAGCCUGGAGCACGUUUGCCCCAUGCCUGUGUACCCAACGCUUCAGAUCUAAAGAAGAGCAGGGUGGAGGGAUCAGAUUGGCCACCUCAUAGUGCUCCUUGCCAGGAGGAAGUUGACCCUCCUAUGUGCUCCAUUUCUGAUAGGCCUGUUUUAGAUAAAGAGGACUCCGAGACUUUUAUGGCUGUGCCAGAGGCUCAUGUUCCUGUGGCUUCCAAAGAAGGGGCUCUGGGUGUCCCAGGCAGUUCUCCGGUGACGAGAGAAGGAAGUAAAAUGGGCUGCAUGCUGGAAGCCUCAGUGAUGCAGACUGCGGGCAGACAGCAUUCAGAGAUGUGCCGGAAUGGACAGAACUACCCCUCCGAGAGGGACCGCUCUUCUGACGAGCUUAACAGCAAGUUCCGCUCCCAGCGACUGCAUUCCUCCUCUUCAUCAAGUGAGACUCACGCCCCAAGCCCACCUGGCACACCCACCCUCACACCCAAAACCCCAGCCCAAAUCACAUUGCCCCCACCCCCAAUACAGUCCACAGGGGUCAGCAUGACGCUGCCCAAAGUGCGUACACCACUCAUGCCUCGUGACAGCAUCCAGCUGGUGAAGAAGCACCACAGUCAGCCACAGCCUGGUUCAGAACACCUUCAUCAAACCACCGUCAGUGUUGACAUUGGCUCCCCGCUGCCACUUUGCCCCUGCUCUGCUCACACCCUGUCUACACCACAGCAAGUUGAGGAGACUGACAUUGAUGAACUGCCCGACAGGAUGGAGGUGGUGGAUGGGUCAGAGGGGCUUGGUGUAUCCCACAGGGUCUCCUUUGCUGGAUUUCCAGAAGAGCUUGAGUUUCUGGACCCUGAAGUCCUGAAACCCCCUACACCUCCCUUGCACCGAUUUCCUUCAUGGGAGAGCCGUAUCUACGCAGUUGCAAAGUCUGGUAUGCGGGUCUCGGAGGCAACUCCCGGGAGCUGGGCUCCAAACCGAGUGUCCAGCUUGCCCCAGUAUCCAGUAGCUGGCCUUUUCACACACUUGAUCUACAAGAACAUCACUGUGCCUGUCUACACAACCCUGAAAGGAAAAGCUAUGCAGAUCAGCAGUGGGCCACUGCCUGACGAGGAUUCUGGCUCUGAGGACGACAACAGCUCACUGGCCAGCCUCCGCACCUCUGUCCUGGGGCAGGAUGGGAAGAAGAGCAGCACCCCAGGGAGUCCCAGAGCAGUGAAGAGGGGUGUCUCAAUGUCCUCAGUCAGUUCAGAGAGUGACUACGCGAUCCCGCCAGAUGCCUACUCCCUGGAUGAUGACUACUCUGAACCGGAGCACAAAGUCCAGCGCACUUCCUCCUACUCCUGUGAAAGCGCCGCUCCUAACACUGUCUAUGCACAGGAGCCCCUGGAGAAGAGUGGCUACUUGCUGAAAAUGGGGAGUCGGGUGAAAGCCUGGAAGAGACGUUGGUUCGUCCUGAAAAACAGCGAGAUGCUUUACUACAAGUCUCCUAGUGAUGUCAUCUGGAAGCCCCAAGGACAGAUGGAGCUGAACUCCUCGUGCCGGAUUGCCCGGGGGGAAGGAGCGCAGACAUUCCAGCUGAUUACAGAGAAAAAGACAUUCUACCUAGCUGCAGACUCUCCCAAUAUUCUCGAAGAAUGGAUCCGAGUCCUUCAGAAUGUGCUCAAGGUCCAGGCUACGUGCCCCAUUGCUGUGGAGACCACAGCCAAACCGACAGUGCGAGGCUGGCUGACCAAGGUGAAGCAUGGUCACUCCAAGCUGGUGUGGUGUGCUCUAAUUAGCAAGGUGUUCUACUACUACCGUAACCAUGACGACAAGUUCCCUCUUGGACAGCUGUGUGUACGGGAGGCAGUCGUGGAGGAGGUCGACAGGUCCUGUGACUCUGACGAGGACUACGAGGCUGGAGGGCGUGGCUUCCUCUCCUCCCACUGUACCCUUGUGGUGCACCCCAAGGAGCAGAGCCCCACCUACCUGCUCAUCGGAACUAAGCAGGAGAAGGACACCUGGCUGUAUCAUUUGACUGUGGCCGCAGGCAGCAGUGCCAGUCUGAAGGUGGGCACUGAGUAUGAGCAGCUCAUCGGCAAGCUUCUAGAUGUGGAUGGAGAUCCAGACUCGGUGCUGUGGACGCACGCGACCCUGAGCUACAGCAAGGAAGGCCUGCACUCUCCCCUCACGACGCUGCCCUCGGAGGCACUACAGACAGAGGCACUCAAGCUGUUCAAGUCCUGCCAGCUCUUCAUUAAUGUGCUGGUAGAGUCGCCCUCCAUUGACUACCACAUGUCACUGGCCCAGAAUGCACUGCAAGUGUGCCUGACACAUCCAGAGUUACAAAAUGAGAUAUAUUGUCAGCUGAUGAAGCAGACGAAUGGCCGCACACCUCACAACUAUUCCCUCACCCAGUGCUGGCAGCUGCUGUCAGUAUGCAUAGCGCUCUUCCUGCCCCAGCAUCACUUCCUCUGGUAUCUCAGGCAGUACCUCCAGCGCCACGCAGACCCCAGGACUGAGGUAGGGAAGUAUGCGGCAUACUGCCAGAGGUCUCUGGAGCGUACACUGCGAAGCGGAGAGCGAGAGGCCAAGCCCUCCCGCAUGGAAGUCCUGUCCAUCCUGCUGCGAAACCCAUACCACCACUCUCUGCCGUUCAGCAUCCCUGUGCACUUUGUGAACAACACGUACCAGGUAGUUGGGUUUGAUGGUUCGACCACUGUAGAGGAGUUCCUGAAUACGUUGAACCAGAAGUCAGGAAUGAGAAAGCCGCUGCUCUCUGGGUUUGCCCUCUUCUCCGACGACCCCUCAGGGAAGGAUGUGGAGCACUGUCUGCAGCCCAGCGUCAAGAUCUGCGAUGUAAUUUCAAAGUGGGAGCAGGCCCUGAAAGAACUGCACCCAGGGAAAUACGAGGGAACUCGCAUUGUGCGUCUAACCUACAAAAACAGAUUAUAUUUCAGAGCCCAAGCCAAAGGUGAGACUGAACGAGAGCGCCUCCUACUGGCAUAUCAGGUGAAUGAGGAGGUACUACAGGGUCAUUUCCCUGUCAACAAGGAGCUGGCCCUGGAAAUCGCUGCCCUCAUGGCCCAGGUGGAACAUGGUGAUCUGGACCGUUCAGCCACCUCCAGCCCUGGCUGCUUUCAGCCCAAAGUUCAACAGAUUCUCCUGCAGGUUCUGGAGCGGUUUUACCCCAAACGCUACAAACAGGACUGUAGCAUGGACCAGCUGAGGGAGCUUGCAGAACGGCUUUCCACAAAGUGGACAGUCCUGCGUGGAUGCAGUGCUAGCGAGUGUGUGCGUAUCUACUUAACAGUUGCCCGCAAGUGGCCCUUGUUUGGAGCCAAGCUGUUCAGCGCCAAGCCAGUGCCCCCAUCCACUGUGGAAGAGACCCAGUUGUGGCUAGCAGUCAAUGAGGAUGGACUGCAUAUCCUGGACUACAGCACCAUGCAUCUGCGGCUUACGUACUCUUACCAGUGUGUGAUUACCUUUGGUGGCUGCCGUGAUGACUUUAUGGUUGUGGUGAGCCAAACCCGUGAUCAUGGCUUGGGGAAGAAGACUGUAGAGAAGCUGGUGUUUGCCAUGGCGAAACCCAAGGUUCUUGAGCUGACGCUUCUGAUGGCCAGUUAUAUAAACUACUGGACUUCUUCCAUGCCGCCUAGUGGAGCACAUUCAGACAACCAGUGCUCCUCCGCAGGGCCCCGAGCUGACAAGAAGUUGUGGGACAUGGACAGCAGGCACUUUCCCUCCAUGACCCGCACCACCAAGAGCCCCACACUGCUGUGAAAUGGCCAAUUCCAAGGCGCCACGGGAACAGGGAAACGGAUACCAGGACUUCAUGAAAGGGAGAAAGAGGAAUUUAGUACAUGUUUCUCACACCUCAGAGGCUCCAACAGUUGUUACCAGGAGUUUACAUUCAUUUCACAGUGAACAAAGGCAAAUAUGCUUCCAUCAGUUCAUCAGAAAGCAAAUGUGUUUAGUGGAUUUAAAGGUAUUCAUUACAUGGUACAAGUGGAAGAAAACAAUCAGAACAUGGUGCAUAGUGUGACCACACACUCAACCUUUUUUUGGUUUUCUUAUUCCUUUGACUAAAGUGUCACAUCACUAUUUCUUCUUAAAUCAGAAGAAGGGUAACAUUAGGAAUUCAGACGAGAUCUGGAAAUUUCCAGUAAACUAAAACUACGGCUUAAUUAAUGCUGACAUUAACGUAGUGGAGGGAUAGGAAAACUACAGGCAGCAGGUUUCUCUCGGGGUCCAGCCUUGUCCGCCAUCACCUCCUCAACUGUGAAAAAGACCAUUUUUUUAAGGGAACCAAAACCAGCCAAGUCUGUCCACAUUAUACACCUUACAUUUAAGGAGCACUUUUUAACAGGUUGUCCGCAUACAUGUGCAGUGUAUUUAUAAAACGUAACGGAGGUCAUGAGCGCAGAGAAUGUUCAGUCAGUACAGAGGUCAAUGCAGGAACCUGUCUAUAAACAAUGUUUUUUGUUUCAGACAUAGAAAACAAUUCUUUGUAUUUCACAGCAGUAGAAAGAGUUAGACUCUGAGUCUUAUCCAAAAGGAUAUUGUGGAAUAAUGAAGACACUUCACGGAAAACCUGAUAUCCUUUUUAACAAAGGCACAGUGGAAGACCUGUGAGAGCUCCUUGUCUCAAGCAGCAAGUGACCCCAGUCUGGGCAUCAGACUGAUGCUUAAAUAGUGACAUGAUGAUGAGGGUUCUUUAGUCAUUUUUGUUAAUAGUGUAGCAUUUUAUUUUUUUCAGGGUAAACCUAGACAUGUUUAAUGUUAACGAUUUUGUUAUUUAAUAUGCUGAUAAUAAAAUAGUGCUAUUUUUGGACAGUAUCGGUGCUAGGGUCCAUCUUGGAAAAAAAUAGGUUUGUUUUCUAUUGGGCGACUUGUAACUGUUUAAUCCAGAUUUAUGAAAGUUGUCUGUGUAAUGUUUAACAAAUGUUUCGUCAGAGCUCAUAUGGUAAGUGUUCAAAGAGCAAUGUGACUGGACCACAUUUUAGUGUUGAAAACUAAAGUUCCUACACAGCGGCACUCUGACAAAUAUUUUUAAAGCAACUCAACCUGAUAAGUGGAAAAGGCCUGGAUCUCUAAUUUUUACACUAAUUCUUUUCACUCAGAAGUGACAUUGGGGGGGGGGGGGGUAAGUUAAUGUAAGAGCUGAAAAUGGCAUUUACCCAAUUUAAUGCUUAAUACAUUGAAAGGAUACUUGGCUUGAUUUUGUUUUGUUCUGAUACCAGUGAAAGGUACUUUUGUGGUACAGAUUUCUAUGUGCAUUAUCUGGGUCCUACCUGUGUCAAUGUAGAGAUUAAACAAAUGUCUUUUCUUUACUUUUACUGGGUGAUGAAACGUGCUGUUUAGACUUAUUAAACUAUGAGUUACUUUAUAUAUAGGCCCCAGAAAGAAUGGAUAACAGCUGGGUGUACUUUAUUUUGCUUACAUCAUUGUCACUGAGGUUGGCUUUACCCUGUGGUCAUGGCCUUGUUCACUCUGGAUUUCUACAUGGGAGUGAACACGUUUAUAAGGAUGGAGUCAAAAGAUACUGAGUCCAUUAGUACCUCAUGGCUUUGUAGGUUUGGACAGGCUGUUUCCUAGAACAUGUAUGGUGGACAUACCAUGAGCAGCCCAAAUGCUUGAAACUUUUCUGGAUCAAACCACUGUUGUACUUCUGAUUAUUUAUUUUCUCCUAAAAGUCGUGCUGUUUCAGAUGUGUAGCAUUUGUUUUCAGCAAUUUCCUUUUAGUUUCUUUUGAGAUAUUGGACAGAACCAACAUAUACCAAGGUUCUGAACUGGGGAAAGCAUAUGCUCAAAAUAAACAAAAUU